AUGGAGUACGUUUCUGCUGCGAAGCUCCAAAUCCAAGUGUGGAGAUGGCGCAAACAGUAUUUACCCCCUGACAUAGGGCUAUUAGCGAAAAAGUCUAUCCAGCCUCCGGGUUUUUUUCCGCACUCCACACUCCUGACGUGGCCAACCGGUUCGGAGCACACGUCACGGUUUAUUGAAAUUGAGAAAUUGAAACCCGAGCUUUAUUCUCCCGCUUCAGUCUCCCUCUUCAGACCUCUCACUCGAAGACCUCUCGACCUCACUCGACGAAGACCUCUGGACUGGGUACCUUCAUUCUCAUUCUUCUCCCCCAUAUCUCUCAUUAUUUCAACUCCUCCUUCCUCUCACUUGAAGCUUCUUUCUCACCCCGACACCCAUCUCAACUUCUUUCUCACCCAGACGCCAAAACCCCCUUCAGUCCCGAACCCCCAGUAUCAAAGUCUUCUCCCUCAACCCGUCUCUUCUCCAACACUAGCGCCCAUUUCUUCUCCCUCAACCCCUUAUCGUACUCUUCCCUCACCCAUCACCUGGAGGUCCCUCACCCUUGAAACCCUACAAAAGCUAUUUUUCAUCCUCAACGAAGACCCCAUCUCCCUCACCCCCCUUAGUCCCAAUCUUUCUCACCGUCACUCUCCCAAGCCCUUGAGUCCCAAUCUGUGCCUCGAACCCUCAAAAACCCUUCUUUCGUUCAAGCUGAUACUCACUCAGUCACACCUAUUUCGCCAUUUUGUUUGGGUUACAAGUUUUAGACCAAGCCCCAGCAGUCUUGUCAAGGGGGAUGAUAUGCAUAGGACAAAAGCUGGUAGUUCUUCACAUUUGUUGUUUCAAGGGGAUGAUAUGCAUAGGACAAAAGCAUUUCCACAAAGCACUGGCGCUUUUCUUGUAAUAGUUUUUGGUUGGAUCAUGCUAUAGAAUGUAUGGGGAUAGUUUCAAAUGUAAUCUAAUCUAUUUUGAGUAAGUAGCUCUCAUUUUUGAGAUGGGCAUGAAACAUUGUAAUGUAAUCUAGUUUCUUCUAAGUUGUAUAUACUCUUGCAAACAUGAGCAUGCUAAGGUUUGCAUGUACGAAGUCUUUUAGCUAUGUUUGUCAAUAACUUUUAAUUGAAAAUGGCUUAAAGUGCAGGAAU